GCUUCCGUCCUCAUCUAUUCUCCUGCUUCUUUUUUUAUUAUUUCUUGCUGCUACGGUCAAAGACUUUCAAAAAGUUCUCUAAUUCUAAUGUCACCCCUGCAUAGUCAAAAAACCAACGCUUCCCUUCUCUCAUUCCUUGCUUUCUCGAUGAAAUUAUACACAAAAAAGUGAUAACCAGACACUUCUACAUUUGUAAUUCGGUCACAGUACGAUCGGUUGAUACGAAAGGUGAGGCAGGGGACACUCAGAAAGAGAUGGCUCAGACCGGAAGAGUUAUACAAAACUGUGUUUAUGCUCCAAAUCCCUACCAUGAAUGCACCGAGGCUUGCUUGCAAAGGAUCAAGGAAACCAAGCCUGGCAAGUCAACUAAGAAUAGAAAGAGUUCUGAUUAUCGCAGAAGUGUUACAGAUGGUGAACUUGGCAAAAAGAUGAAUGAAGGAAAACGUAGGCCCUCCUCAGGUUGCCCUAAAGCAUCUAACCCAUACCAUGUCUGUGAUGACAACUGCCAGAAAAGAAUGACUGGGGCUGAUCCAGGUACCAUGUCAUUGAACUUUGACAGGAAAAAGAAGGUUGGUUCUAAGCCAGAACUCCCCGUUCUUGACAGCAUUCCGCCCUCAAAAAUUGGUGCUAUUUAUCUCUCCGAUGCUUCAUCGCCAUUAUCGAGUUAUUCUGAACAUACAAAGGGGGAUUCAAAAAGAAACGAGCUAAUACCGGUUUCUGGAGAAAUACAUGUCCUUGAUGUCAUGCCUACCAACAACAAGGUCCAACCAAAGCAGAAUGGGGACAAAAAUGCUUCACAAAAAGUCGUUCCAAUCACCUCUGUUUAUGAGAUGGGAGGUCUCACUAAACCAGAUGGUGGGUCCAUGAAAUUUUGCUUCUCUGGUGCUCUCCAUGACAACGAAGACAGUGACGAGGAGACCGAGUCGGUGGUUUCCGAGGCACGUGUCCCUGUCGGAAAAUACCAUGUGAAAGAAAGCUUUGCUCCCAUCCUGAGAUCCAUCUUUGAAAAGUAUGGUGAUAUAGGAGCAAGCUGCCACUUAGAAUCAGUUGUGAUGCGGUCAUAUUAUGUGGAGUGUGUGUGCUUUGUGGUCCAAGAGCUACAAUCUACACCAAUUAUGGAGUUGACAAAGUCUAAAAUCAAGGAAUUGUUGGCCAUUAUUAAGGAUGUAGAAUCUGCACAGCUUCGUGUGGCCUGGUUACGCAGCAUAGUUGAUGAAAUUGCUGACAGCAUGGAACUGAUCGAUGAGCAGCAAGUAGCAGAAAUGGCAAAGGCUAACUCUGACCGUGAAGUGGAAACACUGAACAAAGAGCUAGAAUCAAACCUUGAAAGUUUGUCCCAGAAAGAACAAGAGGUAACGGAUAUCAAAACAAGGAUUGAAGAGAUCAGAAAGCGAUUAAGCGAGCUUCAGCUCAGGUCUUCUGAUUUGGACAAGAACAUCAUGUUACUGAGGUCCAAGGUUGAUCAUUUAGAUAGCAAAUCUUUUCUAGAUGGACUAGUGUAAUGAAACCGCUAAGCCAAUUUCUCUUUCAAAUUUCCCCCUCAGAGUUAUGAUAUUGCUUAAAUUGUAGAAUAUGAAACUCAAUAAACGCAUCACGCUCGUAUAUUUUUAAGCUAGGCAAGGUUUUAUAUCAUUACGUAUUUUACCCACA